AAAAAAAAAGGCCCGGGAGGACUUGUGUAGGCCCACGUGCCACCGGCAGCUCCCUCAGCACUCAUCAAACGCCUGGGACAAGCGACCGCGAACGCCGGGCCACCCUACGGCCGCACAGGCUGGGCCUAGCCAGAGUGGGCGAAUUCACUGCACACGCCCGCGGAGACCAACAAUGGCGCAGCAAUUAAAAGUCUUCGAGAACUUCGAAGCCCUAGGUUUAAGAGAAGACCUGCUGAGGGGCAUCUACGCCUACGGCUUCGAACGACCCAGCGCCAUCCAGCAGCGCGCGAUCGAGCCCAUCGUGGCGGGAAGAGAUAUAAUAGCCCAGUCCCAGUCGGGCACGGGCAAGACCGCCGUCUUUUGUAUUGGCAUGCUCCAAGUACUAAACUCGGCGACGAACGAGACGCAGAUGUUGGCGCUGUCGCCCACUCGGGAACUCGCCGAGCAGACGCAGAAGGUUUGUUUGGCCCUGGGCGACUACAUGAACGUGCAGUGCCACACGUGCAUCGGUGGUAAAUCUAUCGGCGAGGAUAUUAGGAGACUAGACUACGGCGUGCAGAUCGUCUCCGGCACGCCUGGUCGGGUCUUCGACAUGAUCCAGAGACGUAGUCUGCAGACGCGCAAUUUGAAGAUGCUGGUUAUUGACGAGGCCGACGAGAUGCUCAACAGAGGCUUCAAGGACCAGAUCUACGACAUCUACAGAUACCUGCCGCCGUCGAUCCAAGUCGUCUUGGUCUCCGCCACAAUGCCGCAGGAGGUCCUCGACAUGACGAAGAAGUUCAUGAAUGAACCUGUUCAUGUUUUGGUGAAGCGCGACGAAUUAACUCUGGAGGGCAUCAAGCAGUUCUUCGUGGCCGUCGAGCGCGAGGAGUGGAAGUUCGACACCCUGUGUGAUUUGUAUGACACUUUAACAAUCACGCAAGCGGUCAUCUUCUGCAACACGAAGCGUAAAGUCGACUGGCUCUCCUCCAAAAUGCGCGAGGCGAACUUUACCGUCUCAGCGAUGCAUGGGGACAUGCCGCAAAAAGAAAGGGAUGCCAUCAUGGCCGAGUUCCGGGGCGGGUCGUCGCGGGUCUUGAUUGCCACGGACGUCUGGGGGCGCGGCUUGGACGUCCAGCAGGUGUCGCUGGUGAUCUGUUAUGAUUUGCCGAACAACCGCGAGUUGUACAUUCACCGCAUCGGCCGGUCGGGGAGAUUUGGAAGGAAGGGCGUGGCCAUCAACUUCGUGAAGAACGAGGACGUGCGCAUUUUGCGGGACAUCGAGCAGUACUACAGCACCCAGAUCGACGAGAUGCCGAUGAACGUCGCGGACCUGAUCUAGGUGUCGCUUCUCCCGCGUAAGGGGCUUGUUUGGGAAACCUGGCGGGUUCGUAGAAGGGGCAGAGAGGUUAGACGGGGUAAAGAAAGCGCCC